ACAGGGGUUUACGAGGGCAGCUCCUAUCCGUGCUUGAGGUCCUAGCUCUUCAGUGUCAUUGGCGAAUGACCGACCAUGUCCCACACCAGGUUGUUUGCCAGGCUGCUUUUGCAGCAAAGUGGUGUCAGACAUUGUUAUACGGGAACAAGACCAAACCUUUACAUCAGCAAGAACACCAAGGUCAUCUGUCAAGGUUUCACGGGAAAGCAGGGGACAUUCCACAGUCAACAGUCUCUGGACUAUGGUUCCCAGUUAGUUGGAGGUGUUUCCCCUGGCAAGGGGGGCAAGACUCAUCUGGGCCUGCCUGUUUUCAACUCAGUCAAGGAGGCGAAGGAAGGCACAGGAGCUGAUGCCACCGUGAUUUAUGUGCCCCCGCCCUUUGCGGCAGCUGCCAUCAUUGAGGCCAUCGACGCAGAGAUCCCACUGGUGGUCUGCAUCACCGAGGGCAUCCCUCAGCAGGACAUGGUGAAAGUGAAGCACAAGCUCCUGCGCCAGAGCGCCACUCGCCUCAUAGGCCCCAACUGCCCAGGAGUCAUUAACCCUGGAGAGUGCAAGAUUGGCAUAAUGCCUGGCCACAUUCACAAGAAAGGAAGGAUUGGCAUCGUGUCUAGAUCGGGAACCCUGACAUAUGAGGCAGUGCACCAAACUACACAAGUUGGCCUUGGCCAGUCCCUCUGUGUUGGUAUUGGCGGGGAUCCGUUCAACGGUACAAACUUCAUAGAUUGCCUGGAGGUGUUCCUGCAGGAUCCCAAGACAGAGGGCAUCAUCCUGAUUGGGGAGAUUGGAGGCAAUGCAGAGGAGAACGCAGCAGAGUACCUUAAACAGCACAACACUGGUGCUAACAUCAAGCCUGUGGUUUCCUUCAUCGCGGGGCUAACUGCUCCUCCCGGGCGAAGAAUGGGUCACGCUGGUGCCAUCAUUGCUGGAGGAAAAGGAGGCGCCAAAGAGAAAAUUGCAGCGCUGCAGUCAGCCGGAGUGGUAGUCAGUAUGUCCCCUGCCCAGCUAGGCAGCACUAUGUUCAAGGAGUUUGAGAAGAGGAAGAUGUUGUAAGCCAUUUGAGAAGACACCCCAAGAUGAACAGCCUGGUUUUGAAUGAGGAUGUGCUCCCAUUCUUUGUUUAACCGUGAUUAUCUAAAGCUACCAUGCGCACAUGUUCAGAAUCCUUAUUGUAAAUCUGUUAUGAACUUGCACAUUAUGAAAUAAUAAAGAUGUGUCUUGCCGGUAUAUCCGAAAGAGCUCAUUACACACCAAGUUAAAAACUUUUCCCCCCCUUCACUUGAUAGUGAAAGCUUGACAUGGUAACUGUUGGUGUUGUAUCUGUUAGACUUAUACACACCUCUUGUAAGAUGUAUCCCAUCACUCAUGUCUGAAUAAGAAAUGUUUCUCAUCA